GUUGAUGUGUCAUUUUCACAUUGGCCGCUUGUCGCCUGUGUGUGUAUGUACAUACGUUCUCUCUUUCUCUGUCUGAUGAAUGGAUUCUGCUGUGAGGCAUGAUGCAUUACUAAUCAUGAACCACGGGGCCUUCAAAGUGUCGUUCACCUGAACCGGAUCACUCUCUCACACUAUUCCACACUUGAUUCCAAAUCUUAAAUCUUUGAGUGGCUAAUCUACGUCCCUUCAUUGAUCAACAACAUGAAAGCCUUGAUUCUGGUGGGAGGCUACGGCACCCGAUUACGGCCCCUGACCUUGUCCCGACCCAAACCGUUGGUCGAGUUCGCCAAUAAGCCCAUGCUCCUGCAUCAGAUCGAGGCCCUGGUUGAGGCGGGGACCACACACGUGGUUUUGGCCGUGUCUUAUCAUGCGGAUGCACUGGAGUCCGAAAUGGCGCAAGAGGCCCAACGCUUGGGUAUCACCAUCACGUUUUCCCAUGAGACCGAACCCUUGGGCACGGCGGGGCCUUUGGCUUUAGCUCGGGAUGUCUUGCAACAAGACGAGGAUGACCAGGAGCCCUUUUUCGUCCUCAAUUCCGAUGUGAUUUGCGAUUUCCCCUUCCAAGCCAUGUUGGACUUUCACCGGAAUCACGGCAAGGAAGGCACCAUCGUGGUGACACGAGUAGACGAACCGAGCAAAUACGGCGUAGUCAUUUAUCAUCCUGAAUCCGGACAAAUCGACAAAUUCGUGGAAAAACCCCAAGAGUUCGUCUCCAACAAGAUCAACGCUGGCUUGUACAUGUUUUCGCCGAAAAUGUUGUCGCGCAUCCAACUCCGUCCUACGAGUAUCGAGAAAGAAGUGUUCCCAGUUAUGGCCAGCGAAGGACAAUUACAUUGCAUGGAAUUAGAUGGCUUUUGGAUGGAUGUCGGGCAGCCCAAAGAUUACCUCACUGGAAUGUGCAUGUACCUGAAGUCCAUAAAAGACAAGCACCCACAGCAACUUCAAACGGGACCUCACAUAGUAGGAAAUGUCCUGAUCGAUCCUAGUGCCAAAAUCGGCACACAUUGUCGGAUCGGACCUAAUGUGAUCAUAGGGCCAAAUGUGGUGAUUGAGGACGGCGUGUGCAUGAAAAGAACCACUUUGAUGAAAGGCUCGCGAAUUCAAUCCCACACUUGGUUAGACAGUUGUAUCGUCGGAUGGCGGUGCCAGGUUGGGCGAUGGGUGCGAAUGGAAAAUGUUAGUGUCUUGGGCGAGGAUGUGAUUGUGAAGGACGAGUUAUAUGUCAAUGGAGGAAAAGUAUUACCGCACAAGUCUAUUGGCGUCUCCGUGAUGGAGCCACAAAUCAUCAUGUGAUCCACCCUAUCAAUCAUAAAACGGAUGAUUAUAUUACUUUGGGACCUUCUUCAAUUUGUACUAUCUUUAAUACAAGCGGACCAUGUCA